GGACGUCAUCGGCUAAUGGCGGACAAGGAGAAGCGCCGGUCCGGGGCCGCUCCUCCGGGGAUGCCCGAGGUCAAAGCCACCAGGUCGGACGGCGACAGGGAGUUCCUGUCGCGGGCCGGCGUGGGGGAGCUGCUCCGCGGGGCCAUCCUGAAGAUGGUGGAGGCCAGGUCGGACGAUCCCAUCGGGUUCCUCGCGGACCACUUCUGCAACCUGUCCUCGGUGUCGGAGACCGGCACAGCUGGAUGCGGCGACGGGGACCAGCUGAACAACGCCGCGCAGUGCGCAGGCGCGCAGGAGCAGCAGCAUCUCAACCGGGCGCUGUGGCACCUGAGGCUGGCGCACCAUUCACAGAGAUCUGCCUUCAGCAACAAUGUCCGUGUGGCUUAUGACCUUUUGAACCUCAGCGGGCCCGUCAGACGUUCAGGUGACGCUCCUGAAGGCCCUGAUGGCUCCAGCACCGACAGCCCGACGGAGGGAGGAGGAGGAGGAGGAGGAGGAGGAGGAGGGGGAGGGGUGAAGGGAGGCCUCUACACACAGACCCUACAGUGUCUGUGCAGUGAGGGCGGAGUCCCCGCCUCCACCUCCGCUCCGCUCCUCCGACGCCUCCAUUGCCAAGACCACGAGGCCGUCCCGUAUGAUAUCUUUCGUCACGGCGUGCUCACGUGUGCGGUUUUCUCUGACUACAUCCGGCAGGCCCAGAGGCUUUACGCCGAAGUGUGCUGCCCGGACCAGGGGCCGGCGUCGCGGGCGCUGUGCGUAGCCGUGCUGGGGACCUUGAAGGAGGCCCUGGAGACGUCCCAGGGCUGCGAGGCCAAGCGCUGCGAUAACGCCAACGCCAAAGGGACUUCCUGUCCCGAGGCCAACGCGAAGGCUCUCCGGUACCUGGAGGCCAGUGCCAAGAUCUCCCCGUACAAGCUGGGCCAGGCCAUGGCUGGAGCGCAGACUCGGGGCCCGGGAGGCAAUAUGGACGCGAAGGAGUUUGAGAACGCCGCGGCGGAACUUUUUAUCACUCGAGUGAAAGUCGUGUCCUAGGUUUCAUGUCAAUAUUCACAUAAUUUAUGAAUGUACAAUAAUCUAAAGUAUAUACUAGAGUAAAUAUAUACAGUAGCUAUUCUAACCUCUAAACUACACUCACAGAUAUCACCUCCUCCCUCAAACACCCAUAAUUAUAUUACACUCAUUGUUUGUCAUCUUUUUAUUGUUCCUAUUAAAGUUGAAGAGAUAAUAAAUCAGCAUCUGCUGUGACUGUGUGGAAAGGACUAGGGGUUCCUUACUGAAUGUAUUUUGAGAUCAGUUUCUUUUUACAUUAUUGUUCAGCCUUUUCCAUAACAUGCUCAGAUUAGAAAGUAACACUGUGUACUGAUCUGCGUCUAAUGCAAUCCAACAAAAACGAGGUUGUAUUAAAUUCUAUUUUUUUGUUGAGAGGGGAUGUUGAUUAGGAGCUCGGUGUCUGUAUUGCAUUAUUUUUAAAGUGUUUAUUUUCUCUCAGUUAACAAUUUAUUUGAAAACCAGUUCGAUAGGAGCCAAUCUCAUAUGCAGGCAUUGUAGCA